GCAAGAUGUGAACUGCUUUUAGAACCAACUUGUGAUUUGUAUGUCAAUUUCGCUAACAUGGUUAUGAUUAGUUAUGAUUAGAGAUUGCCUGCGAGAAAAAGAUGGAAGACUUUGUACCAACACGUGGCUCCCAAGUCAAGAAAACUGCGACGAGUGAUUAUAUAUCUGUGAAUUAUACAGCGCCAAAGAAAAAGGUGAAAUCCGCAGAUGACUCAAAUAAUAAAGAGAAGCUUAAGGAAUCUACGAAACAAACACCUGCCGAAUUAAAAGAACAGCAAGAAAAAGAGAUGAAGAAGUUGCGAUAUGAGAUUAUCAAAUUUGGUAUGUCUGGUUUCGAGAAACCGAAAGCGAGGAGAGCAAAGGUUGAGCUCGCUAUUAGCUUAGGUGCAAUACCUCCCAAGAACAGAAGAAUGAAUUACAAAGCAUUAAAAAUGCGUCGAAAGAUAGAGAAAGAGAAAGAGAAGAAAAAGGAGGAAGGACACAAGUCUGGAUUAACCAGUAGUUUGCUCAAACCUAAGUCCAAGAAAACACGGAAGAAGGAUAGUGGUAUAUUACAAGUUUAUGGGAAAGUAUCAAAAACUAUCUUGCCCAAGAAGAAAGGCUGAAAAUAAAAAUAGUUUCUCAAACAUGAAACUUUACUAAAACUCUAUACGAAAUUGGUAGAAUAAAGUGGAAACAUGUUUUAAAUAAAAUAUCU